AUGGCGGGGCAGGGCCGAGGCGGCAGGACGCACGGCCAUGGCGGGGCAGGGCGUUCCUCCUCCCUCCUCCCGCCCCCUCACAUGGCGGCGCGGGCUCGGCAUGAUGGCGGUGCGAGCUCCGCCGCGGGGCAUGGCGGCGCGGGAUCCGGCGGCCACGGGCUCGGCGUGAUGGCAGUGCGAGCUCCGCCGCAGGGCAUGGCGGCGUGGGAUCCGGCGGCCGCGGGCUCGGCGGCGCGGGAUCUGGCGGCCGCGGGCUCGAGGUCGGGUCCAGCAGCGGAGGCGCGUCUGGCGGCGGCGCGUCGUCCCGGGGCCAGAUCCGGUGGUCUCGGGGGCGGAUCCAGUAGCGGCAGGACGCGCCGAACACGGGAGGAGGUGGCGGCGGGACGCGCCGGCGGUGCGAUAUGGUGGCGGCCGAUGGGCUCGCCGGGCCCGUGA